AUGGCACCGUCACAACUCUGCCGCUUGCGCAGACAUGCUCGCCAGUAUCACCGGCAUGCGCACAAGUCGGUGGUGAUCAGCAGGUACUCGCAGAAAGCUGACCACUUCGACCAAGAAGCAUUGCGGAGGCACGCUGCCCAUGUGGCAUCUUGGAUCGCCUACGGCCCCAAGGCUCGGAUUCCGACAGUGAAGGAGUUCAAGCUCCUGAAGAAGUUCAUGGACAUAAUGGACGGUGUGAUGCUGCCUUCUCGACUGAGUGAUGUGCUAUCGGACAUGCAAACCGUACUCCGAGUUCUCCCAAGGCCGGCCAAUGAUGCGUGGCUUAAGGCAGAACAUCAGCUUGAAAGGAGUCUUCGAAAGUUGCGCCACCGGUGCAACGAAACAAAGGCCGCCAAAGAUGCGAUGGCUCCAGAUAAUGAUGCUGUUGAUGCAGACCUGGAAGCCGAGUUAGGCAAAGCCUUGCAAGUUCGGACAGCGGAAGAUUUGGGAGUUUCCGAAAAUAGGGGUACCUUAUUUUGGGGUCCUUAUAAUAAGGAUCCUACUAUUCAGGGUACCAUAUUAGGGUCCCCUAUUUUCGGAAACUCCCAUUUGGCAUUUGAAGGCGCUUCUGCCCGGUCUGACCAGCACUUGACAUUGUUCAGAAAGAUGAAUGAGUGGAGUUUUCUAGAUGAUGUUCAGAAGUUGGAGCGUUUACAACAGGCUGAGGUGGCAACGAGGUGCCCAAGGAGAAGCUUGAACGAAGCAGAGCUUGCGGAUAUAGUCAACCUGGCUGUAUCUGGCCUUGCAGCUCCUCGCAGAAGAGCGAUGCCACAAGGUGCGGAUGUGGAUUGCUCCAGUGAAGCUACAGUCGCUAUGGAAUCUCGGGGUGCGAAUCCUGAUCUCCAGCGACGCGUGCGGUCGUUGCUGCUGCAUGCCCUCCAUGUCUGGCGGAUCAACCAGUUUGAUUGUCAUGUCAUCGAGCAUGUGCUGGACGUCGUGCAGCAGAAAAUCAGCAAAUUUGAGGCCCAGGCCGGGGAGAUUCGAGAUGCGGCUGCCGGGAAGGCUUGGCUGAACAUCAAGCAGGCAGUCGACGAGCUGAUGCUUCGUGCAGCCGCGCCCGCGAGCUCACCGGUGUCAGGUGCAGAAGACGAAGUCGAGGCUGCUCAGCGCCUCAAGCCUCACAGGGUGAAGCCAAGAUUGCAGCGCCAGAGCGGCAUCCAAAACAUCAACUGGAGUGUGGGGAGGCGCUGCUGGGCUUGCCAAUAUUUCAGUAACAAGAAGGGGAUGAAAUGCAAGAACACAAUUCGCUACUUUCCUGUUGCCAAGUUCCUCGAGCAGGGUUUUGGUGAUGAGGCGGCCGUCGAUGCUGCGCUGCAAGAAGCAAAGGCCUACCGCGAAGAGCUGGUUCGACAGGGUAAGUUGAAGCCUCCGAAGCCGAAGAUCUACCCAGACUCAAUGGUCAGAGGUGUUUACUUCAGCCAAAGCCAGCAGAAGUGGAAGGUGCAGUUGUAUCACCCCGUGAAGAGAAAGGUAGUACAUGGGGGCUACUUCAGUUCGCAGGAUAAGGCCGAGGAUAGGGCUCGGGACUUGGCUUCGGAGUUCGGAGUCCAACCCGACAUCAAGGUGCUGCCGGGAUGA